AUGAGACCCAUUUCUUACGCAAAUCUCAACACGCUGGUCAAGUCGUUCACUAUGAUGCCCAAACAGAUACCUCCAGAAAUGGAGAGUCAUAUGUCUGGACAAUCCAACAAGCCCUUGUCGCGCCCGGCGCAUGCUCUCCCAGCAGAUACAGUGGCUCAAGAGCUCAGCACGAACCCCGAUACUGGAUUGAAUGCCUCCGAGGCGUCUCAAAGGCUUGUUGAGUAUGGUGCUAAUGAUCUCGGCGAGGAAGAGGGUGUCAAGCCCAUCAAGAUUUUCAUCGCCCAGAUCUGCAACUGCAUGACUUUGGUGCUCAUCCUUGCUUUGGCCGCUAGCUUUGGUAUACAAGCUUGGAUAGAAGGCGGCGCUCUUGCCAUUAUCAUCCUUCUCAACCUCGUUAUCGGUUUCUUCCAGGAUCUUCAAGCCGCUCGAACCGUCCACUCUCUCAAGUCGUUAAGCCAGCCUACAACAAACGUCUUUCGAGAUGGAAAGACCUUGACGAUCCAAACGAGCGAAAUCGUACCGGGCGACAUCAUCGACCUCAAGAUGGGUGACUCUGUGCCUGCUGAUAUACGGCUGCUCGAAGUCGCCAACUUUGAGUCUAACGAGGCUUUGCUUACAGGAGAGUCGUUACCCGUUCGGAAAGCCCCUACGUUCCAAUUUGAUGAUGAUACAGGACCUGGCGACCGUCUCAAUGUCUGCUACAGCUCCACAAUUGUCACAAAAGGCCGUGGAAAGGGUGUCGUCUUCGCCACUGGAGCUUAUACUGAGAUUGGAGCUAUUGCAGCUGCCUUGAAGGACACUGGACGGAAGAAGCGAGAGGUCACCAGAGACGAGAAUGGUAAAGCAUCAUUUGGUGCUCAUGUUACGAAGUGGCUUCUGACCGUCGCCGAUAUCAUUGGCGAGUUCUUAGGUGUUAACGUGGGAACUCCAUUGCAACAAAAGCUUUCGCAACUGUUCCUCUAUGUUUUUGCUUUUGCUGUCGUCUGUGCUAUCAUUGUCCUAGCAGCCAAUGGAUUUGAUCCUCGAAAAGAUGUCAUCAUCUAUGCCGUCGCGACAGCUGUGGGAACACUUCCUGUUUCUCUGAUCCUGGUGUUGACAAUUACGAUGGCAGCCGGAACGAAGCAGAUGGUGGGUCGGAAGGUCGUCGUAAGAAAUAUGCAGAGCUUGGAGGCUCUCGGCGGCGUUACCAACAUCUGCUCCGACAAGACCGGUACUCUCACCCAAGGAAAGAUGGUCGUCAAAAUGGCUUGGCUUCCUGGACACGGCACUUACUCUGUCGCCUCAACGAAUGAACCAUACAAUCCCACAGUCGGCGACAUCGAUUAUACCCCCGUCAAGCCAACAGAGCUAGCUACUCCUGGUGAAGAGUCAAAGUCACAUACGAUAAAUCCCUUGGAAGAGCCUAACGCCAUUGAAACUCUCAAGCACUAUCUUAACAUCGCUUCGCUUGCAAACUUGGCCGUUGUCAAGAAAGGAAGCAAGGAUGGUGGCCCUGAAGAGUGGCUUGUACAAGGCGACCCAACUGAAAUUGCCAUACAGGUCUUUGUCUCUCGCUUCAACUGGAACCGAAUGUCGUUGUCUUCUGGCCCUAACUCGCGAUGGAGACAACUUGUGGAAUUCCCGUUCGACUCUGAUGUUAAGAAGAUGUCGGCCGUAUUUCAGGACACAGUGUCCAACGAGUUGUACAUAUUCACCAAAGGUGCAGUCGAGCGUGUCCUGAGCAGCUGUACAUAUAUGGAAGUCUCUGGAGAUAUCGUACGUCUUGAUGCAGCCGCCCAUGAAUCCAUUUUGCAAAACAUGGAAGGUUUCGCCCGUCUCGGUCUUCGAGUUCUUGCCCUGGCUAGUAGAUCUCCCGUUCCAGUUCUACCAGAAGAUUUAUCAUCCGUGAUAGAUCGGUCCGACUUUGAGAGAGACCUUGUUUUCCGCGGCCUCAUUGGUAUCUAUGAUCCUCCUCGGCCAGAAACUCGGGACAGUGUGCAGAUGUGCCAGAAAGCUGGCAUCAGUGUACACAUGCUCACUGGUGAUCACCCAGAGACUGCAAGAGCCAUCGCUGCCGAUGUGUCUAUCAUCCCGUCUCAGGAGAGGAUGAAGAUGGUACGUGCCGACAUCGCAGACACGAUGGUUAUGGCGGCUCAUGACUUUGAUCAUCUCUCUGACGCUGAACUUGACGCUUUGCCCGAGUUGCCUCUAGUCGUAGCUCGUUGCUCGCCUACGACAAAAGUACGUAUGAUUGAGGCUUUACACCGCCGUGGUCGCUACGUUGCCAUGACAGGAGAUGGUGUCAACGACAGCCCUAGCUUGAAACAUGCAGACGUUGGUAUCGCUAUGGGCCUGAACGGGUCAGAUGUCGCCAAGGAGUCUUCCGAUAUUAUUCUGACAGAUGAUAACUUUGCUUCAAUUCUCAAUGCCAUCGAAGAAGGACGUCGAAUCUUUGAUAAUAUUCAAAAGUUCAUCCUUCAUGUGCUCGCUGCCAACUUUGCAUUUGUUAUCUGCCUUCUCACAGGAUUGGCGUUUAAAGAUGAAAAUGGUGUUUCUGUCUUUUUCAUAACACCUGUGGAAAUCAUUUGGAUGUUGUUAGUCGCUGGAGCUUUCACCGAGACGGGCCUGGGGUUUGAGCAAGCCAGUCCUGACAUUCUUCGUCGACCACCCCAUAGUCUCAAAUACGGGGUUUUUACUCCCGAAUUCCUCGUUGAUCUGGUAGUUUACGGUAUCCUGAUGCUCAUCAGCAUUCUCGGCUCCUCUGUCGUUGUUCUUUACGGCUUCAACAGCCAGGGUCUCGGUCACGACUGCAACAGUACCUACUCGAAAUCAUGCGAGACAGUAUUUUCUGCCCGGUCAACAGCUUUCGCAACCAUGACGUGGGACUUUCUCUUAUUCGCAUGGCAACUUGUUGACUUUCGGCGCUCAUUCUUUGCCGAGAUCUUCGAAAAGGGUGGUAGUUUCAAGGCCUGGGGGCAGAGGCUCUGGAAAAACCCUUUCCUGUUUUGGUCUGUUACCCUCAGCUUUGUCUUUAUACCACCUACACUGUAUAUCCCUGUCAUCAACCGGGUGGUCUUUAUGCAUAGUCCCAUUGACUGGGAAUGGGGUGUUAUCUUUAUUGCUGUUGGCGUAUUCUUUGCUGGAGCGGAGGGCUACAAGUGGGCGAAGCGAGUUUACUUUCGUCAGACUGUUGCGAAGGAAUUUAGAAAUGAUAUUUCAGAUGUUGAGCUAUAUGUCUUUGGGAGAUACAUGGAUGGUUCUGGGUCUAGUAGUGAAUCUGGUCAUGAUGGUAAGAAGUGUUGA